ACAAGACAAAAACAGGCAGAGCAAAACUGAACUGAAACACAGGACUAAAACACUAACUGAACUAAAGAGGAGAUGAGGUGCAGGUGGGGAGGUGGGCGAAGAAACUCAAGUGAGGGGAAUGAGGGGAUAAAACAGGAAAUGGGAAAGAAGCUGAUAGGCUGGGGAAGAUACUGGGAAAAGGGCAGGGCUAACGAAGAUGGUGCAGGGCAGGUGAAGAGGGAAGAGUGGAGGGAAAAGCAGGCUGGGAACACAGGAGGAAAAACACAGGGCAAAGUGAAAACUAAAAACACAGCAUACACAUGAAUAUAACUUAAAUACACAAGUCACACUGAGCAGAAACAGCACAAACACCUCAACAUAACAUUGAAACCUUAGCAUCCUUAAAGAACUCAAACAUACAUUGCUGUUGACAUAAACAUCAAACAACAAGUUUGUCAAGAGGAGUGGCCUGCAUGUAACAAUAAAAUAGGACUAAAAGACAACUGUUGCUCUCAGUUCACUUUUGCACAUAAUAUCUAUGAGGGUCAGUGUGUAGCAAGCAACAGUCUUCAGUCACAUUUCCUGAAGAUAAGUGUGAAAGCAAACUUCAGUGUCAACCUGCAGGGCCUACUGCCACUCAGUCAAGUUCAACAAACUGGGAAAAAGUCAGAGGGAACCUGGUGGACUGGUGGAGGGACGUGGAGCCAGACUGGGACAGAACCAAUGAUACGGGGAAAGGUCAAUGAGAAAGCUUCCUCAGUGACUGUCACCUUUUACUCUGAAGUCAGGAUCUUGAAAACUCUGCAUGAUGAGUCACAAAGAAGACAUUCUUGGAGAAGAAACUGAGUGACAAAAUGAACUAUGAAGAGGACAAGUUCUGGGUCAGACUGACAGACUCAGAGGAAGAGAACAAAUGGUUUUGGGUGGAUGACUCACCACUGAACACAAGAGAAAGCUUCCUCAGUGACUGUCACCCUUUACUCUGAAGCCAGGAUCUUGAAAACUCUGCAUGAUGAGUCACACAGAAGGUGAAGCUCUUGACUCCCAACAACAUGCAGUGUCAAAAGAAGGGUCAAAGGUCACAUCAGAGAGAGUGGCCCUGCUGGUUCUCAGCGCUCUUUUGGUUGCCGCUCUCAUUGUUAUUUAUCGUGUCUCUAUGGUCAACAUGCAAACCAAGGAAAGUCUCCAAAUGCUGAAAACCAAGUACAAAGAAGUACAAAGACAUCUCAAUGAGACACUCUCUAGAAAGGUGGUGCCACCUUCCUGCCUACAACCUCCUGAAAUAAAACCAAAUGAUUCAUGCCUGAAAUGUGACAAAGGCUGGCUGCAACGUGGAGGGAAGUGCUAUUAUUUCUCCAUCAUAAUUUCAUCCUGGGAAGAGAGCAGACAUUACUGCCAAAUUCAAGGAGGAGACCUGGUGAAGAUAGACAGCAGGGAAGAGCAGACAUUCUUGUCAAAGAAACUGAGUGACAAAAUGAACUAUCAUGAGGACAGGUUCUGGAUCGGACUGACAGACUCAAAGAAAGAGGGCAAAUGGUUUUGGGUGGACGGCUCACCACUGAACACAAGUUUGUCUUUCUGGCGAAAACCUGAGCCGGAUAAUUGGAAAGGGGAAAAUCCUGAAGGAGAGGACUGUGUGAGGAUGGGAGAGAAAGGAGAAACUAAAGAUCUGAACUGUUGGUUUGAUAAAUCCUGUGAUGUGCCUCACAAAAGUAUUUGUGAGAAACAAGCAGAAAAAGGAUUUAGUAGGGUUAUGUGUUUCUGAAAUCCAGUUGAGCUCAGACUUCUCAGACUAUUUACAAUUUUCAUCAGUUGCUUUGGCACAAUUAUCAAAUAAAAAUCAUGAUUCUUACAACACAGUGUGCUAUUCUCAAAUCUGCAGUUCAUUUUCUCACAACUGUAUUCACAUUUCUUGUUUGUCGUUUCAAAUAUAUGAGUCCAAAUAUGUUCAGAUGAUCCAGUGAUGCAUUGAGUUAGUGUCUCUACGCUAGACGUGUAUAUCAAAAUGUUCAUUGUAUGCAGAAAACUGUCCAAACUUUUCAAACAUACAUGUGUCAUAUAUUUCAAAAAUAUAAUAAUAGAUGAACAUUUCAGUUCAAGUGGUAAAAUGUUUGUCCUCAAAUUUUA